AUGGAAAGCCCAGCCACCAUUGCCCGAACUUCCUCGGCGACCGCUGCAGCCCGUGGCGCCCUCGUUAGCGAGGAAUGGUGGGCCCACAUACUUCGAGACGCGGACAUGUUUUCAUCUCUCGGAGGGGAUGCCAAGGUGGUGUGUACAUCGGCAGGGCACACCACGCGCUUGGUUUUGGACCUGGUGGAGCCUGAGCACACAGCAGUCGUCCCACUACCGAAAACUGCCGGCGAAGGAGGUGUUGAUGGUUCGGUCGCGACGGCCAUGUCAAGCUUCAAGUUGACAUCCGAACAGAACGGUUCUAUCGUCAGUUCUUCCCACAGCUCAUUCCACGUUCGAUUCUCACAAGUAGCAGGCCUGCGAAGGAUUGGCACGGUUGAUGGCGGCACGGCCGGGUCUGAGCUUUUGGAAACAGUCCCGCGACGGGUCAAGAUAUCGGUCAACGGCGUCGAGGCAACGACAGUGCUGGACAGCGUAAGCAUCGACGGCGUUAGGGCAGGGACAAACGUGUUUGAGUUUUGCCUGCUCGACAAACAGAUGGAAGAUCCGCAGCGGGGGACCCGGCCUGCAGAUGGGGAGAUUUGCAUCGCCCAGAUCUCGCUGAUUAUCGAAGUCUUCUCGGCAGAGACACACGUAGUCCGGCGCAGACCUUCACAGGAGGGUGCGCUUUCCUCCAGAGCCGCUGCUGGCGGAACGGAGGGCGGGGACGGCGGUAUCGAGCCCCGUCGUAUCGUGUUUGUUGUUGAUCUUCAGGUCGUGGAUGGCUACAAGCUCAGCACGCUCCACCUGUCAAAGAACAUGCCCAGUGGUUUCCGAGCAUCUAUGCUGGACCUAUCUUGUGCACCCGGGGAUCUACCUGUGAAGGAUUCGUUCGAGAGGCACGCUGUCGAAGUCUUUCGUUUGUGCAUCAAGCCACCAAUCAAGAUGUGGGACUCGGCUCAGCGGGAGGGCACCACUGUGGUCCAGCUCCUGCAUUCCGCCCUCGUGAGCGCGGCAACGUGGGAAGAUGUCACGUCGAGACACCCCGACGUCGCGCAAGCACUCCUCGAUCUCCACCGCCACCUAUCCGCCUUCGACGUGCUCGUGAUGUCCAACGGGCGCGGAGACAACGACGCGUUUCUCCUGCAGGCAGCGCGGUUGGCAAGAGUGGGCACUCGCGUGGUGCUCCUCGGCGCUGGUGCUGUCAGCAGUCACGUGUCUCCGCUGUUUGGCGGGGCUACCAAGCUCAUCGGGCCGUCUCACUACGUCGCGCACGCCCCGGCCGUUAGCCGAAACGAGCAAGGCUUGUCGGUCAAGGUUUGCCAACCGGUGAUGGACGCCGCGGGAGUUCUGAGCGCCGCUCGUUCGUGCCGCUUGACCAACGCGGAAGCCCGUGACGGCUCUGAGAAGGUCUCGGGUGGUCAUCCCCAAUACCCGGAAAGGAGCUUUGGAGAGGAUGAAGGCGGCGCAACUGGCGUCAAUGACGGAGGAAGCGUUUCACCCUCGCCCUCGAAGUUUAUCAUGGUCGGCCGAGUUGUGCCCGAAAAGACGCCGGGUAUGUUUGUGCGUGCCGUGGCGGUACUGCAGAGGAGACUGGAGGAGGGCGGCGGAAGGCGAGCAGAAGCUGUCGUCGUAGGGAACGGCACUCUGCUCGGGCCGAUGCAGGGCCUCGCCCGGGACCUCAAUGCAACCGUAAGGUUUACGGGGUUCCUGUCGGCAGAGGAAGUGCCCUGUGAGGUUCAAAAGGCAACCGCUCUCGUUCUACCCUCGACUGGCCCUACGGCGUUCGAGAUGGUUGGACCUGAGGCCAUGCUCCUGGGCGUGCCGCUGGUGACGUUUGGGUUCGGGGGAAGCGGCGAGCUGGUUCGUCACAUGGAGAACGGCAUCUUGGUGGCCGAGCCCACUCCCAAGGCAUUGGCGGACGCCCUCGAGCUCUUGGCUGGGGACGCGGUGUUAAGAGAUCGCUUAGGAGCCCAAGCUCGACUGGACGCCCUUCAGGCACUCUCUCUACCAGAAAUGGUAGCUUGUUUUGUGGAUGAGUUCGGCAGCUUUGCGAAGAAUAGAAGAAGAACUAGCCCGACGUAA